AGAGGUCUGAGUGGCUGCAGGCGCGGCUUCCGGCCGGUGCGUCGACGUCGCCCGGCAGCAAAGGGCGCUUCAGCGGGCUCUCUGGCGGUCGCCUUACGCACUCCGCUUGCACCGAGGCCCUCAGUGUCCGCUCGUCUCACCGUAGGCCGUGACGACAUGAGCAACAAAGAAGGAUCAGGAGGGUUCAGGAAAAGGAAGCAUGACAAUUUCCCACAUAACCAGAGAAGAGAAGGGAAGGAUGUUAAUUCAUCUUCGCCUGUGAUGUUGGCCUUCAAAUCGUUUCAGCAGGAACUUGAUGCGAGACAUGACAAAUAUGAGAGACUUGUGAAACUUAGUCGGGAUAUAACUGUUGAAAGUAAAAGAACCAUUUUUCUCCUCCAUAGGAUUACAAGUGCUCCUGAUAUGGAAGAAAUAUUGACUGAAUCAGAAAUUAAAUUGGAUGGUGUCAGACAAAAGAUAUUGCAGGUAGCCCAGGAGCUCUCAGGAGAAGACAUGCAUCAGUUCCAUAGAGCCAUUACUACAGGACUGCAGGAAUAUGUGGAGGCUGUCUCUUUUCAACACUUCAUCAAAACACGAUCACUUAUCAGUAUGGAUGAGAUUAAUAAACAAUUGAUAUUUACAACAGAAGACAAUGGGAAAGAAAAUAAGACUUCCUGCUCUGAUGCACAGGAUAAGCAGUUUGGUACUUGGAGACUGAAAAUCACACCUGUUGAUUACCUUCUGGGAGUGGCUGAUUUAACUGGAGAGUUGAUGCGGAUGUGUAUUAACAGUGUGGGGAAUGGAGACAUUGACACCCCUUUUGAAGUGAGCCAGUUUUUACGUCACGUUUAUGAUGGGUUUUCAUUCAUUGGCAAUACUGGACCUUAUGAGGUUUCUAAGAAGCUGUAUACCUUGAAACAAAGUCUGGCCAAAGUGGAGAAUGCUUGUUAUGCCUUGAAAGUCAGAGGUUCAGAAAUUCCAAAACAUAUGCUGGCAGAUGUCUUUUCAGUUAAAACAGAAAUGAUUGAUCAAGAAGAGGGCAUUUCUUAGAAUAUCAUUACUCAUUUAUUAUUCUCUUGAGAACUAAGAGAGACCAAUUUGUAAGACUGUUAUUUAGUAUUUCAUUUGACUUUAUUGUGGCUUUUACAUAGAAAUGUUUUUGGUUGUACGUGUUUUAAAUUGUAUACAAGCUGUACAUAAAAUUAUCGAAAUGAAUCGUUUCUUAUAUCUUACUCAUGAAAGUUUGCAUACAGAUGUUUGCAGAUAUGCCUGUUUGGAUUUUUGCUGGCUAAACUUCAUCGUUUAUCUUUGUAAUGUGAACCAUGCUUCAGAGUGCACUUUCUGCCAUACCUACUUUAAUUUACGUUGUGUGAAAUUUGGAGUGGUUAUAUUUAGUGGAAGCCAUUUAUAGUUUAAGUUGGUGAUUUUGUUAUAUAAAGAUUUCUUAGUUAUACGUCUGGAUUAGAGCUUCCUGUUUAAAUUUCUUGGUAAUAUUGUUCCAAGUCUCCAAAACAGGCUUAUUCCAUAGAAUAAGAAUUAAAAAUUAUUAAGUUAUCAGUAUACUUUAGUUUUAUGAGGUAUUGUAGUGAGAAUUCCUAUUAUAUUCUGGCUAAUUUUAGACCAUUUUUAAUUCAUAUGAAACAGCCUUUUAGAAAAAUUGACAAUAACCCAGAUGUUAAUUUCUACAUGAAAUUUUUGUCCUUUAUCACGGAAAGUCUGACAGAGAAUUGGAGCUCACAUUGUAAUAUUCUCACUGGUGUUUGAGUUUAAUUAUAUACUUGCACAUACAACUGAAAAUGAAAAGCUUUUAGUAAUGAGUAUUUAGCAAUUUUUUUUGUCGUUAUAUCACAUUAGGCAUGUUUGGAAGCUUUCCUAUUCUAGCAUCUAUAAGAAAUUACAUUUAAAUAAUUAUAAUGAAGUUUUGAAAUACUAAGUUAAUCCAAGCCUUCAUAGUUGUCCAGUUGUGUUAAUUGAUAAUAUAAAAAGUUGCCAAAGAAAAUUUAUCAUGUACAAUUCAGCAAUAAGACAAUUGUCAACACAGUUGGGAAUAACAAUGGUAGUCUUUAGCAAUAUUUAGAAUUGAAAUUUGCCUACUGAAAUUAGUUAUAGAUUAUUCCCUGUGAUGUGAAACUGACUUGAGCAUGACACUAUUGGCUUACAACCAGACAUUUCCAUUUGGUUUUGUGAGUUUUGAGAAUCUAGAUAAUGAAUUUUAUUUUUGGAAACAUUAGCAGCUCUGUUUGCAAGGGCUUCUUCUUCGAAAGUGUAAUUUUCCAAAAAAAUAUCACCUAAAGGAAAAUAGAGCAUAGACAUGCCUAAUAAGUUAGGUUUCUUUGUUUGUUUUGGUGGUAGUGAGUUUUCUGGUUUUCCUUUUUGAAGAUACACUGCUGAAAUACAGUCUUGUUACACAUUUUUGUUUCUUUUGCCACUUGAAGUUAAAUUUAUAAUGUUAAAAGUAAAAUGAUAGAUUGAUAAAUGUCUUACAGAUGUUUAGAACUGAAGUCUUUGAAUAAAAUAUUAAAAUAUGAAAGUUAAGCUUA